AUGUUUGAAUAUCUCACGCCGAAUCUUCCGUUCGAUCGCGUACACAGCGAUAUUGUGGGACUUCUUCUUGUUUGCACAGAUGGUCAUCGCUAUAUAUUAACGAAUACUUGCGCCAUGACUAAAUUUCUAAUACUUACACCAUCAGAAAACCAAGCAGCAGAGAAAGUUUCUACUGCCCUUAUUGACGUCGUUUGCAAACACAGUAUGCCUCGUAUUUUGAUUACCAAUCGAGAAACUAAUCAUUUAAGUCACACCUUUACUGAAGUUUGUAAACUAUUAGGGAUUGAACAUCAUCCCUUGAUUCCUUAUCAUCACGAAGCCAAUGGACAAGUAGAACGUUUGGUUAAAAUUGUUAUCGACACUCUCGCAGCAUAUGUCGUAAACACGAAAGAGGAGUAG